AGAUAAUUUAAAUUUCUUUUAACCACUUGAUAAAUCAAACCUUUGCCUUUUAUCAUGGAUAUGACGAAUCAUCACCACCACCAUCAUGGCUCAAUGAAGGAAAAUUCAGAUAUGAAAAUGACUACCACUACCAUGGACAUGGGUGGAAUGGACAUGGGUGGCUCUACCAUGGACAUGGGUGGAAUGGACAUGGGUGGAAUGAUGAUGUACUUCCAUGGAGGCUGCAAUGAAGUUAUCCUCUUUGACUUCUGGCGCAUCUCGGAAGUGUGGGAGCUUUUGCUCUCUAUGCUCGGCAUUUUCAUCUUGGCCUUCUUAUAUGAAGCUCUUAAAUACUGCAGAGAGUACCUUUUCCGGAAAGCUGUGCAGCGCGUCAGUUACUCCACCACAAGCAGCAACAACAUCACUCUCACUGAAGAUCAGCAGCAGCAGCAGCCUGUCAGAUGCUACGAGAAUUUCAUUAUACCUUCAACCAUGAAGAUGAUGAGCUCGGCCCACGCGAUACAGACGUGCCUGCACAUGGUGCAGUUCCUCGUGUCCUACCUCCUCAUGCUGGUCUUUAUGACGUACAACGCGUGGCUGUGUCUCGCUGUACUCCUCGGCGCCGGCGUCGGCUACUUCGUCUUCGGCUGGAGGAAAGCCCUGGUCGUCGAACUCACCGAACACUGCCACUAACACUAGGCCGCUUUAGCUACACAAUUCCUAACUCCUAUCAGCACGGCCGAAGUGCGAGGAAGCACCUCUAUCUUGUCACCCUCUGUUAAAUAUCUUAUAAUUUGCAUCAUGAGACCAUUGAUCAUAGUGUGCAUUAUAGCCGUGAGCUUUGAGUGUAUGAACGUAUUGAAUGGCACCUUUUAGAUAACUGUGAUAUUAUUUCUCCUAUGUAAACCGGGCUCGACACGAUAACAAAAUUCCUUCUAGAGUACCGUUUCUCAAGCAAAAAAUGUUGCUCUCAAGCCUGAAGUAACAUUCCGAAUUGCUGCAAUAAUUCCAAGUACGAGUACUUUUUGGCUAUACUAGUUUAACCUCCUCACUCAUUUGAGAAUUGGACAAGAAAUUUGCACCAAGCUCUCUUUCAGAAUGCUUGAAUUAUUUUGCGAAAAUUCUGCUGUGUAAUUACGAAAAACCAUCAUGUUUUAGUCAGUGUUGUAAACUUGUUACUCUUCACUCGAUUGAUGUUGUGACUGAGGGUGAGAUUUUUCGUUUCAAAAGACAAAUCUUUCUAUUCUAAUGUUGGGUUUGCAUUUAAUUGUGUUACCUUUGCACAAUAGCACGACUACUAUGACAUGCACACAAUUCCGGUUACUGGACUUCUCCGGGAUUACAAUUCUAUACGAUAAGUUGCAAGCAAUGGCAUUUAUUAGAAUGUGGCAGCCUUAGUCCUUAGUGCGCCCCGGGCGGUGGCAGCCAUAGUGCGCCCCGGGCUGUGGCAGCGCUUGUGUGCCAGCACGGGCUGUGGCUAAGGAAAAUGUGGCGUAGUUUGGCUAAGAAUGACGUGCAUGUUUAUGAGGUGUGAAGUCGAAGUUUGCUCAUAUUUUAUCGAUAUUAACGAACUCUUGUGCUCUCAUUUGUGCAGACACGAUUAGUUUUAUGUUUGGGUCGCGCUCUGCCCUCCAAGGCUGAAUGUGCGCUUGUUCCUUAAGUGGACUUACUAGAUAUGUUCAAAUUAUUUUUACAAUUUUGAAGAAAAGACAUAAAAAUCAAAAGCGACGGUCUCCCCAAUGAAGUAACUUCUUUAGCUUGAGCUCCUAUAAAGGGCUCGCAUCAUUUAUUCUUAUUUAAUCCACAUAACAGGUCAGAAUACCAUUGCGAUUGAAUUUGUGUUAAAACUAAUGGAUUGAUUACAGCUCUAUUUUUAUGCCUCACUUUUUAUGUAAUAACUACGCAUGGUUUAUGUAUUAUCAUUCUAUGAUUGUCGCUGUACCCCUUAGUGUGCUUGCAUUUCUACCUCGUUCUUAGUUAGCCCAAAAUUUUAUUUUUUCUUUCGAAUUGAAGAAGAAAGCAGCCGUUGGCUCCGCCCUCGACAACCGCUGCGCCUGAGCUAAAGAGCCUGCGCCUGGCUAAUAGGUUAAUCCUAUCCAAAGAAUGGGCAUAAAAAACUUUCAAUUUUUACUCAUGAUUUGUUGUGUAGCAUUUUUUGAUCUAUUUAUAUAGUAUACAUAAAACUGAACUUGUUCAACAAGAACUAUGUGAUUCAGGCUACUAAUUCAGUUAUUAUUUCAUGACAUGAACAAGACUCAAUUUAUCCUCUAUACUCGAUUAUUCUCAGUUAUGCCUAAGUUAGUAAUUGAUGCGUGUAAACAUUUACACUCUGCUUUUAAUUACUCAUCUAAGUUGUUCUUUACGAACCCACAAUUAAGAAUAAUCUUUGUGCAAUUUUGUGAUAUGUUCUGGACGAGUUGGCAGCGUAAGAGCUUCACUGGAAACUGAUCCAUCUUGUUAGAUGUUAUGAAAUGUUUGUUGUGAUGAACUGGAGCUUAUUUUUUGGAUAGUUUUAAUGCCACCGACCAUACAGCAUUUCUUGAGUGUUUUUAUCAUUACUUCGGCAUUCAUUCCGUUUCAAAUUAUAUUUGAUACGCCAUGAUCGUUGCGUAGCCUGCCCCCGCCGUUGGUCGUGUACAUAAGAAGUCACUUAAUCUGAAAUUUCAUAUUGAAGUAACAGAGCAAAAAGUUGCUUAAUACCAGCGGCUGUCAAUCCUAAGUGUGUGGACCCCUCGGCCUGAAAUGGAAUAAUGUUGGUGCCCUUCUGCCUGGGUCCUGGCCGGGAACCCCGUCAGUUAUACGUUGUACUCUCAUCGCCCUUCGGUCAUGAUUUGAAAUUCCAUAUUUAUGAAUUAAAACUGUUUUUUAAAGACAUUAUUUAUCGUAACUAUUACAUAUUGUUCAGUGUAACUUAAAUACAAAUGAAUUGAGCAUAAA